UCUCUCAUCAGAUUCCUUUAAAGGCGAUGUUAUCAUCCCAAGAGAAUCAAAGUUCUAGAUACUGUUCAUUAACUUAUCUUCUCUUUUGUUUCCUUACUUUCUGGGGUAUCUAUGAUGUUCUGAAAUGAACAGCUUUGAUUUUAGUCACCUUUGAGGGUUAAGAUACAUAAUUCAAACAAAAAAGUUUUAAGUCGUUCUUGUAGUUCAUAAGGAAUUCAAUAUCAACUCUCCAACUUCUGAUGAGUAUGGAAUCCGAGACUGGUUCAACGACCCAGGUUUCUCGACUGAAAUUCUACAGGACUACUCUCUGUCUUGCUUACCAGAGUUUCGGGGUUGUCUAUGGAGAUCUGUGCACAUCUCCUAUAUAUGUCUAUAAAAGCACAUUCUCUGGGAGAUUGCAGCCGUACAGCGAAGACCAUGAGAUUUUUGGGGUUCUUUCUUUGAUUUUCUGGACCUUGACAAUCAUCCCUCUUCUAAAGUAUGCAGUCUUUGUAUUAGGUGCCGAUGACAAUGGUGAAGGAGGAACCUUUGCUUUGUACUCAUUGCUCUGCCGACACUCAAGGAUGGGCCUUUUGAAUACUGCCAAUGUAGCAGAUGAGCAUGUAUCCACUGACAAGUCUGAAGAACCUAUUGAGGACACACAAACUAGUUUACUCAUAAAACAGUUCUUUGAGAAAUAUCAUAGCUCUCGGGUUGUUCUACUACUCGUUGUUCUCCUUGGAACAAGCAUGGUUAUUGGUGAUGGAAUCCUUACUCCGACUAUGUCUGUCCUCUCUGCAGUCUCUGGUUUACAGAUUAAGUUUACAGAUUUAAAUGAGAAUCAUACUGUGUUCUUUGCCUGCAUUAUCUUGGUUGGGCUUUUUGCUCUUCAGCACUAUGGAACACACAGAGUUGGGUUUCUAUUUGCUCCAAUAUUGAUAGGUUGGCUUAUAUGCAUUACUGGAGUUGGCAUUUACAACAUAUUCCACUGGAAUCCUCAUGUUCUAUGCGCUGUGUCACCACACUAUAUUUACAAUUUCUUCAAGAGAGCUGGAAAAGAUGGAUGGAGUUCUCUCGGAGGCAUUGUCCUUUGCAUUACAGGUGCAGAAGCAUUGUUUGCUGAUCUUGGUCAUUUCUCUCCGCUUUCUGUCAGGAUAGGCUUUACAGCAGUUGUUUAUCCUUGCUUAGUUCUAGCAUACAUGGGUGAAGCUGCUUAUCUCUCCAAGCAUAGAAUGAAUCUUCAAAGUAGUUUCUACAAGGCCAUUCCUGAGGCUGUAUUUUGGCCAGUGUUCAUUAUUGCCACUCUUGCAACGGUAGUUGGAAGUCAAGCAAUAAUCUCUGCUACAUUCUCCAUCAUCAGUCAGUGCAGGGCACUAAGUUGCUUCCCGCGUGUGAAGAUAAUACACACAUCAAAGAAAAUACAUGGACAGAUAUACAUACCAGAGGUAAACUGGAUGUUGAUGAUGCUAUGCCUGGCUGUUGUUAAUGGAUUUAGAGACACUGACAUGAUUGGCAAUGCAUAUGGCCUUGCUGUGAUUACAGUCAUGUUUGUUACAACCUGCUUGAUGUUUUUGAUCAUCAUUACUGUUUGGAAUCGAAGUGUUUUCCUGGCAUUAUUGUUUGUACUAGCCUUUGGAUCUGUGGAACUGCUUUAUUUUUCUGCAUGCCUUGCUAAAGUACACAAAGGGGGAUGGCUUCCCCUUCUUGUCUCUGCAAUAAUCAUGUCUCUAAUGUCAAUAUGGCACUAUGGGACUUCAAAAAAACAAUCAUUUGAGUUGGACAAUAAGGUAUCUUUGGAUAGUUUUCUUGCUCUUGUUCCAGGCCUUGGAAUAACAAGGAUUCCUGGAAUUGGCCUAGUUUACUCCAAUGUUGUCUCCGGUGUUCCACCAAUGUUUGCACAUUUUGUGGCAAGCUUUCCAGCAUUCCAUCAGAUUCUCAUCUUUGUGACCCUGCAUAAUGUUAUGAUUCCAAAAGUUCCAGCUGAUCAGCGCUUCCACGUUGCUCGGGUUGGCCCACCUGAAUUCUGUUUUUACCGGUGCAUUGUAAGGUUUGGAUACAAGGAUGUUGGUGAUAGCUAUGACUUCCAAACCAAACUGAUUGAAAAAGUCUCAGAGUUUCUGAAACGCGAGUCCAUUAGUGAAGAAUUUGCAGCCAUAGGGCAAUCACCACUUCCUGUCAAAGAUGCUGGUACGUGUUAUGAGAUCAUUGCUGGAGGCGCUGGUCGAAGAAGGCAAGCAGCUGGAUGGAAAAUGUCUCGAUCCAGUAAUGAAGUGGAGGAACUAAUGGAAGCAAAGGAAUCUGGGGUGUCUUACAUGAUGGCAAACACUCAUAUCAGAGCCAAUGAGGCAUCUUCUUUCUUGAAGAAAUUUGUAAUUAACAUAAUCUACGGGUUUAUUAGACGUAAUAGUAGGCGUCCUGCAGUUGCACUUGGGAUUCCUCACACUUCCCUUCUCGAAAUUGGUAUCCUUUACCAGGUUUAACCACAGCUCAGAGGAAAUAAGCAACUUGUUUCCAUCAAAGCUGUGUUUAGAAUUACAUAAAUAAGUCUGUUUCACCUCUCAUUGUAAAUACGGUUAUAGAUCAGUCUUACGAGGUAUAGGUUUUAUUGUGUUCUGAAAAAAUGGAGUUAACUGCAAGAUCAGUUUACAUUGAAGGAAAAGAUCAAAUGUGAAAGAAUUUUCCAUACAUAGUUAAAAGUUACCUGUCUUGUGUUGAUAUUCCCA